CUCGCAAAACCUACGAGUUAUCAACAGAGCAACACAACCGAGCGUCCUCUCCUCCCACCAUAUUCGCCAUGGUAAACAGUUACAAAUUUGAAGUUUGAACUUCCUUCGUUAUGUUCUCCAAGGGUUUUCAAUUGUUCCAAUCAAUGAAGCUCCAUUGUUAUUCAUUUUGAUUAUUCAACAUGCCGAAGACAGUUGAAAUAGUGAAUAACUUCGAGUGGGCGGAGACCCUGGGGUGUCCGUCGUCCGCCUGCUCCGAUCACGUAAAAAAAAUCUUUAAUCAUGGAAUUACUGGGCUCUGGUGGGAGGAAAUUGGGUCGGCAAUCCACUCGGUCACCGAUGUGCUGGAAACUCGGAAGAAUAUCUUACUUUAUUAUUUGAAAAGUCAGGGACAGAUCCCUGCGAUCCAACACAUUCGUAAUACAAAACGUUUGAAGUCUGAAAGAAGUUUAUUGGAGACUCAAGUCACGAAUCUUCAGGGAGAAUGUGAUAAGAGGGAGAACUCCAUUAAAGAAAAAGUAUUAAAACUACAAAAAAUCAGAGCUGCCAAGAAAACCCUGGAAACCAAGAAGAGCCUCCUGGAGCUGAGCCAUCGUGAGAUGAAAGACAAGAUGAGAAAUUGCAAGGACAUGAGAACAGUCUGCCAGGACUUGCUCCCCCCGUCUCAGUCAGGGAUAGACCAGGUCACGAUGAACGAGUCCCUGACUCUCGUGGGUGGAAUCUCCUCGAGAGCAGACAAACGAAAAGCCUGGAAGCAGAUCCAGGAGAGUCUCGGCCCAAUCGCAAUUCCCGAACUAUGGGACUGGAUCCUGAAGAAUCGGUUAAGAAACAACGAAGAGUUGUGCAAAGUGGGGAUUGAGGACAAUCAGAGCAAGAAGCUGAUUUCUCAAUUGGAUCUUGAGAUUGCGAGCGCUCGGGGUCGACAAGUUAAAUCAGCAAUUGCCAAGUACAUUCACCUGGAGAAGGCCAAAGAGUACGAGGCACGUGGGAGUGAAUAUUUGGAGCAGAUAUCUGCCUGUUUUGAUAACAAUGAUGAGAUGGACAUGUGGCUGAUGACUGUCAUGGAGGUUGCCAAGUUCGAGGCAACUCAGAAGGUCCUCCAGAGUGAAAUGGAGAAGAUGAAGCAUUUCAGUGAGGAGCAGAAUGCCGUCUCCUUAGAGCUGCAUGAGCUCGAGUCUGAGAUAAACGAGGUCGAUUAUCAAAUGGAGCAGCAUGUCCAGACUCUCCACAAAUCCCUGGGGCUUCUGCAAUCCGCCAGCAAUUUUUUGCUGACUCUGAAGGACAAUUUGGCAAUUGCGUUGGACUCAAUUCUUGCCUUGAAUUUCCAGCACGAAGCUGCUCCAGACUGGAUGAAUGGGAAUCUCAGUCAUGAGCUGGAGGUCUUCCAGGAGAAUUUGGAUGUCAAUGCUUUGAAUAAGAUUCUGUUGAGCGGAAAGAUUGGAGCUUAUAGACAUGCUACAACGUGCAUGAGCAACGCCUCAAUCUCCUUCCCAACCCUCACAUCAGCAACUCCAGUAUUCCAGCCCGCCCUCUACCACCUAAUCACUUGCUAUCUCAAUACCAUCGCUAACAAGCUCUUGAAACAGAAGAAACAGGAAUCAGAGAUUGCUAAUCAACUCGAGAUCAACCUGAAGUCCUCACUCCCAUCAUUCACCCGUGAGAGAGAAAUAAUUGAACUCCUGGACGAGGCCAAUUCAAGGGGCAAAAAGUGUCAGGACGAAAUUUCAGAGCUCAACUUGAUCUCCGAUGCCUGGUGCUCCCAACCUGUCGCAGAAGCCAUGGCCAUCAACGACUCGGUGGUACAUGGAGCAACCUUCAACGAAUGGGUUCAGCGGUACACCACACUCAUCUACAUGCUUCAACGUUCCAAGUGAUGAAUUUAUUACAUCAUUUAUUAAAUCGUUGUGAUAUUUUUGCUUUUUGUAUUUUUAUAUUGGAGAUAAUUGGAGGUAGGACUCUAUAAAUAAUAAUUGAAUUUAUGAUUGAA